UGUGUCGACUGCUACUCAACUAUGCAGUGCGUUUGGGCCGCCGUCCUACUUACGUGGAGCUGGAUGUGGGUCAGGGCUCUGUGUCCAUCCCUGGUACCAUGGGGGCCCUCUACAUUGAACGGCCAGCAGAUGUGGAAGAAGGUUUCUCCAUCCAGGCCCCUCUUGUGUAUCAUUUCGGCUCCACCACUCCUGGCACCAACAUCAAGCUUUAUAAUAAGAUUACAUCACGUUUAGCCGAUGUGUUCAACCAGAGGUGUGAAGUGAAUAGAAGGGCUUCUGUGAGUGGCUGUGUCAUUAACACCUGUGGCUGGGUCAAGGGCUCUGGUUACCAGGCCCUGGUGCAUGCAGCUUCAGCCUUUGAAGUGGAUGUGGUUGUGGUGCUGGAUCAAGAACGACUGUACAAUGAAUUGAAAAGGGACCUGCCUCAUUUUGUUCGAACUGUGUUGCUCCCAAAAUCAGGGGGUGUGGUGGAACGCUCCAAGGACUUCCGGCGGGAAUGUAGGGAUGAGCGGAUCCGCGAGUACUUCUAUGGAUUCCGAGGCUGCUUCUAUCCUCAUGCCUUCAAUGUCAAAUUUUCGGAUGUGAAAAUCUACAAAGUAGGGGCACCCACCAUCCCAGACUCCUGUUUACCUCUGGGCAUGUCUCAGGAAGACAAUCAGCUCAAGUUAGUGCCCGUCACCCCUGGCAGAGAUAUGGUGCACCAUCUCCUGAGUGUCAGCACUGCCGAGGGGACAGAGGAAAACCUCUCUGAGACAAGUGUGGCUGGAUUCAUUGUGGUGACCAGUGUGGACCUGGAACACCAG